AUGAGUUUAGUCAGUGGUUGCAAGCGUUGUUCCCCUGGCUCUUGGCCGCAGGAAGACGAACCACCAGCUCCCACAGAAGCUCUUGAAGAGCAGGAAGAGGAGCCAAAAGAAAGGAAGGCAUGGGUCUAUGGCAUUAACAACCACGUAGAGCGUUUGGAUACUGAAGUCGUUCAGGCACGUGACGUGAGGCCUUUCGUGGCAGCGGUCACCUGCGCGAAGAUUACGCGUUGCUGUGCCAUCGACUGGCCUGCCGCCACCCAAGAGUUGACUUUGCAGAGCUGCUUGUUGGAUCGUGCGUCGAUGCUCAUGCUGCAAGUGGUUUUACCAUACGCCUUGCACCUCUCCUCCCUUCGCCUCAGCGCUUGCGCCCUGGAUGUGGAGCUGUUGACCUUGCUGCGGCAGGCCUUGGGCGCCGACUCCUCGGUGCAGACGCUGCACGUGGAGUGGAACCGUGUGGAGCUUCCCAUGGAAGACAGCUCCAAGAGCAGCAUCAAAGAUGCCCAUCAUUGGUCUGAGAUCGAUGAGGCAGAACGAAAGCUCGAACAAAGGAAGAGUCAGAGAUAUCUUCUGACCUUCCGUGAUGAGUUGGAAAUGCUUCAAGGAGGUACCAUUGCUGAAGCGGUCCAGCAGUUGGCCGAAAAAGUGGUGCCAGGUCGGGCCACGUCAGCUGUACGCUGGCCAAUGGAUUUACAAACCUGGAUUUCCAUCUUCUACGACACAUUUCACAUGGAUGUCUUGGACUGUGAGCCCAUCUUCCAUAUUCUGGAUUCUGACCACGGUGCUGGGGAUGGCCUCGUUCCCCUGGUCAAAUUGCAGGAGGUGUUGCAGGGCCUGCCGAGACAAGAGGCAUCCACAGAAGAAAGGCUUCUUCCUCCUCUCCAACCGCCGGAAUGCACUGAUGACAUUGGCUCUUCAUUUGCUGCUUUUCUGGACAAGACCAGCCCCUUGGAAAUGCUGUCUUUCAGGUGUUGCAAUUUGAGUCGGCUCGAAGUUCAGGCCAUCAGUUCAGCCUUGGCUUCGCCAUCGCCACAUUUGAGGGCCCUGAAUCUUUGGGGAAACAAGAUCUGCGAUCAUAGCACCAAAUACUUGGCUGAGGCGCUGGAGUUUAACUUUGGGCUCCAGUUCCUAGGGCUUGGCAGAAACUUCGUCACACACGUGGGACUGCAGACCUUGUGCCAAGUGCUUGGGGUAACGCACGUCACGGACAAGGCUGUUGGAGACAAGAUCAUGAAGCAUUUGAAGGAUCAGCGGAAGGAAUUUGAUAAGAAGAAGAAGGCAUUUGGAGCUGCUCCGAAAGAUGGCAAUGGCAGAGAGCGAUAUUGGCCCUCUCCACACCUGGACACCUGCGAGGAGCAAAAGGAUGAAGCAGGCGCGUCGUUCUGGCUUUGGAGACGGAAUACGGAGCUGCAAACGUUGAAUUUGGAGGAUAAUCCCAUCAACGAUGCUGACGCGGUGGAGGCCCUUCAGCCUUUCGGAAUCUCGGUGGCACCGCUUUGUGGGGAUCGCUGCAACGUGUUGGUGCUUUGGAACAUGUUUCAUUUUCCCAAUAUAUUGGGAAUGUCAUCAUCCCAACUAGGAAUCCCAACUAUUGGGAAUAUAUCAAUGGCUCAUUUGCCAGCUAUAAAUGGCAUACCCUCUGGUUAUGUCAAAAUAGCUAUGGAAAGAUCCACCAUUUUUAAUGGGAAAAUCCACUAA